AUUGGAUGCCAUUGCCAUGGAGCUCACCCAUUUUCUAUUUUAUUUAUCUGAAUUCCUUGACUUCCACCUCAUUGCCUCCUUGUCUGAAUUAUUAGAUGUUGACAAAAAUUAUUGAGCUGACUUUUUCAACUUCACCAAUUAUACAGAAUCCAUUUCCUUUCUUUCUUCUUUCUUCCCUGAAUUUCCAUUUUUGGCUUCUUCAAUCCUCUCUUCACAUUCUUUAUCAUUAUUUCAUCAUGCCUGUCAUUGAAGAGGCUGCUCUGUCAGUGUUUUUGGAGCUGUUGGGGGCCAAGUUGCUCAACUCUGCACUCAACUUUGCUGCUGAUCAUAAGCAACUCCACCAGCAGCUCAAGCAGUGGCAGUCCAUAUUGCCCGAUAUCCAAGCAGUGCUAAAAGAUGCUGAGGAGAAGCAGAUCAAGAACGAGGGUGUGAAGAAAUGGUUGGACGACCUCCAGGACUUGGCUUACGAUGUGGAUGACAUCUUGGACGAGUUCGCUUAUGAAGAGUUACGUCUCAAGCUCCAAAAUACUCAAGCUCAAGCCAGCACUUGCAAGGUACGGACACUCAUUCCUACCUGCUUUACUGGUACUAGUUUCACUCUCAUUUCUUUUGGGUUUAAGAAUUCCAUGAUUCCCAAGGUCAAAGAUAUCACUGUUAGACUAAAUAAUUUGACUACUCGGAGAAGUAAUUUGGGGUUGAGUGAGAUCUUGUCUCAAGCUCCACCCUCCAAGGGAAAUCAGCCCAGGCUGCAACCAACUUCCGUAAUGGAUGAAGCUGUGGAGUAUGUCGGUAGACACAAGGAGAAGACAGAAAUGAUUGAGUUGCUCAAAGGUGAUAACUCCAAUGGAGUUUCAGUCCUUUCCAUCGUCGGCAUGGGAGGGAUGGGUAAAACAACUCUUGCUCAGCUUGUUUACAAUGAUGCCACCAUCAACACGUCUUUUGACCACAAGGCCUAGACUUGGCUACUCAAAGGUGCUUUCUUUGAGUGGGUAUUCGAUCACUGAGUUGCCUUGUUAGAAUGUGGCCCUCCAUGCAGCUCAAGCACCAGUCAUUCGAUCAUGCAGAGCAGGCCAAGACCAGAAGCUGUCAAGCCAAGUGCUGCAAUCUAUUUUUGUUCAUUUUGUUAUUUUAGUCAAUGUAACUCUUUUUGGUUCAUAUUGAACUAUAUUAGGUAGAAGAUUGAUGUAUUUCUAAUAUGAAUGAGCUGUUAAUCAGCUUUUCUUUUAUGUACAAGUUUAGUUUUGUAAGUUCUAAUGUCUUAGUGGUAGUUGGUGUAGAUUAGUUGACCACAUAGUGAUUUUGACAAGCAAAAAGCUUGAUUUAUGUAUUGGCAAUAUGCCAUUGUUCAAGUUAAUGAAAAUUAUCAGAUUUCAUUCAA